GUAUGAAAACAUUAUACCUUAUGUAGAUAGAAAAAGAUCAGGUUGAUCUCUAUUAUAUUUUGCGGCUUUGAUUGAAAUAUGGUGCUUGUUUAUGUGUUGUACUCUCUGGUGAUCUUUCAAGGCAUUCUCUUUCUCCUGUAUUUCACGGGAAAAGGUUACAUCAUGUCUUUAAUGUGGGAAUUCGCGUUCAUUAUCGUCCGGGUUUUCCUUCACGUGUCUAUGUCAGGAUUCAAGUGGAUUUUGCCGUCGCAAAGAAAGAGCCUUCGAAAAGACAUCGCGUUGGUGACUGGGGCAGCAAGCGGAAUUGGAAGAUUGAUUGCUCUUCGUUUAGCAUCCAAAGGUUGUAGAAUGGUGAUAUGGGACAUCAAUAGUGAUGGACUAGAAGCUGUAGCAAAGGAGAUAGAAGCUGCUAGGGGUGUGGCACAUUUUUACAAGUGUAACGUGCGAGAUAGGAAUGAAAUUUACAAGACGGCAAAGAGAGUGAGGGAGGAAGUUGGUGAAGUUUCCCUCUUGGUAAACAAUGCUGGCAUUGUUACAGGAAAGAAACUACUGGAAACAAAGGAUGAAGAGAUUUUGGCCACUUUUGAUGUAAACUCCCUCGCUCAUUUCUGGACAAUCAAAGAAUUUCUUCCAAGCAUGCUUCAACAGAAUCAUGGCCACAUUGUGAGUAUUGCGUCCUUAGCUGGCUGCACUGGUCUUCCUGGUGCAGUAGACUACUGCUCAUCAAAGUUUGCAGCCGUUGGUCUGAUGGAGUCAUUACGUCAAGAAAUGGCAAGCCAAGGAAAGACUGGUAUUCAGUUCACAACAGUAUGCCCUUCACUAAUAACUACUGGAAUGUUUGAAGGUGUCAAGUUCAGGUUUCCUCAUUUGCUGGGAUUUGGUGUGCUAACUCCACAGUAUGCAGCAUCAAAGAUUGUUGAUGCCAUAGAAAAGAACCAGACCUUCCUUAUGAUGCCUAGAGGAGCAUAUUUCUCAAAAGCCUUGCAAGAGUAAGUUCAGCGAUUCUACACAUAAAUGCAAUAAUGAGUUUGUCUCGAACAUGGGUAGGUUUUGACAAUUCCUCUUAAAAUCCCAAAAAGGCAUGUUCAAACCCUGUAUGUUGUUGCAGAGGCGCGUUGGUUUAAGGUUAGCCAUUUGGACUCUAGCUUGCUAGCACUGACAGUCAGAGGUUGUUGUGUUGUCUUCUUGUCACAUAACUCCCAGCGCCUUUCUCUACCGAAGAGUAUAAAUGUUGCUUCCCAAUUCUGUUGACUUAGCAGUAUCAAAAUGUUAAACUCUCGUGAGCUUUCGGAGCCGUCAUGGCGCUUUCAGUUUCCCAGUGAUGAAAUACGUCAAAUUCGAUCAAAUGUCAGGUGAACCCCUGGGGAGAUAAGCGUCUUUGGCCCGUCUGCACUACGCCGGAGAAAUUUGAAAACGCAGCAUUAUGUCUACAGCUAGGCCUGCCGUCCACACUAA